AUGACGUCCGCUUCGCCCAUUGACACAUUGGCUGGUGCGGCGGCGGCUUCCGCUCAUGGAAGUCCCCAGCCACUACAGCCCGUCAAGCCUAAGCACGUCCAGUUUGAGCUCAUGUUCCCAGAGUCGCCUCAAUAUCGCGCGAGGCUCCCUUUGCGGGUGCAAAUCUAUCCACACGAUAGUACGGAGUCCAUUGUGACCACCGUCAAGAACUUCUACGGGCUAUAUCCCGGCCCGGCGACAUCCAAGGGUGUCAGCUUCGAGGAUGAUAGAGGCAACACCUUGAUUGCCAGAUACGAGAACUUCAGCAACAACAUGGUUGUCUAUGUCAGAGUUUUCGAGGAAGCAGUGCAGCCGACUGCCCCAUAUAGCGCAAGCCCGUACCUGCCGAGCUCGACUUCUGGCGCACCUCCAUAUAUGCCCAACGAGUUCGGCCCGCCCCUUGCACAGCAGUACGAGCAACCCCACAAGCCAGAGUCGCACAGCAACUCGAGAAGGCGAAGCCUCUCUCGCGACUCUGGCAAUGGUCGCCGGAGCGAGUCUGUCGGACAGCCGGGUUCCAAGAAGGCACGGUCAAAGUCUGCAAGAGCCCCUGGUUCUGAUACCGAGCACAAUGGCUAUAGUAGUGGCGACGGUGCUUCGGGCUCGGUGUCCAGCAGAGCGAAAGAGCAGAUGGGUAACACAGACAUCAGCCUGGAGAAUAUUGUCGAAGGAGGCCGUCGCAAGCGAGCCAAGUUUGAGAGCUCAGAACUGCCACUGUUUGCUCCUCCCCAGAUGCCUGCUGCCACCUCCAACUCGUCCGUGUCCCCUGCCCGCCGCAUCGAACAUCAAAGGCCGUCCAUCCCCUUUGCCCAUCCCGGCCAGCAUCCCUUCACCCACCCUCGACCCCUGCAGUCGCCACAGAGCUAUACCAAUCCCUAUGGUGCUGUUGGUGCUUUUGCCACACCUGUGCAUGACUCUCGCAGACAUCGUGGCAGCAUCAGCUAUGGUUCAGGCUCUGGCAUCCUGCCGACCCCUGACCCCACUGUCGGUAGUGCCAUGUCAGAAGAAGACAAGGACGUGGCGAUGCAGCUCAUGAGGCUGGGCGACAUGUCCAACAUAUCUCAUGGAAGAACAUCUGCUUCGACUCUUGACGACACUUUCAGCGGCAAGGCCGACGCCGCCUCAUCCACGGGCGCCACAAGUGACAGCGAUAGUGAUAGUGAGGAGCACCUCCAUGCCGCCCGUCGUCAAAAGCUCGACUUCAUGGGUGCUAGUCGCAAGGUCUACCAGACCACCGAAAGCCAUUUUGUCCCAUCGCGUGGCAACGUGGACGUCAGCAGCGAUGAUGCAGAUUACGAGGACUCCAAGUCGAAUGCCCAGAGCAUGGGCAAGCCUCGUCUGCCAAGCUCGAAGAUGAGCAAGCCAAAGUCCAAUAAGCCUCUCAAGCCGGGCUCCAGCUCAAAGGUCAAGAAGGCCAGCACUGGCGCGCCAAGCGGGCCCAUGUCGCCCAACUCGCUACCCGCGCAUUCUCGGAAGCCAUCCGUCGCCUCUACUCUGACUGGGUUCACGGGCGAAGAUGACCAGCCUGAUCUUUCGAGCAAGCCUCGCUGUCAACGAUGCCGCAAGAGCAAGAAGGGCUGUGAUCGCCAGAGGCCUUGUGGUCGCUGCCGUGAUGCUGGUCUCGGCGCUGACCAAUGUGUCAGCGAGGACGAGGGCAACGGGCGCAAAGGCCGCUAUGGUCGCCACAUGGGAGUCCCCGUCAAGACCACCGGCGAGCCCAUCGGCCCCCCAGCGCUUCUCCCUGCCGCGCCUAUUGCUCCCGUUCCGAUCCUAGCCAAUGACAAGAACAAGAAGCGAAAGAGGUGA